AUGCGAGUGAUUUAUAUAAUUUUUUUAAUAAUUUUUUAUUGUUUUGCACAAGAUUCGCCUUCACCAUCGCAAAAAUGUACAAAUUUAUCGACCAUUAAAUUUCCAAUAACUUCAUUUAAUUGUUGGGAAAAAUAUGAUGGAUAUUAUGCUGAUGUUGAAAUGGAUUGUACUAUAUUUCAUUAUUGUCAAACAUUGCAACAUCCAAACGGUUUAAAUGAAAGUAUUAAAUGGGAUUUUGCAUGUCCUCAAAAUACUAUUUUUAAUCAGAGAAUUUUGUCUUGCACACCUCCAAGUUUUGAAUUUGACUGUCAAAAAUCAGAAAAUUAUUUUUAUGUUAAUCGUGACGUAGUUUUAUCGAGCAACUCGAUGAAAAAAAUUGAAAAUUCUAAACCUUCGAAUGUAAAUAAUGGAAAUCGUUUGACCAUCGAUGGCCCUGUUGUUUUACCCAUUUACUACCCUGAUUCGUCUGUAUUAAAUGAUACAAAAUUUUUUACAUUGACAAGAGAUUCACUCGAAACUCAAACGGUUAAUUAUUCUAAUAAAUACAAUCCUUAUUACGAUAAGGAAAAACAUUCGAUUCAUCUUGCUAAAUUAAAUAGUAAACUUCAUACGAAAAUUGCUGAAGCUACUUCUGCUAAUUUAGAAAAUAGUAGCGGUAAAAAAGUUUUGGUUUUAUAUCCAGUGGCUUUGCUUAAUGCAUUAGAUGUUGUCGAAUUGCAUUAA